AUGGCUGGCAGCAGCAACUGGACCCAGGUGACGGAGUUUGUUCUUCUGGGUUUCUCUGGGAUCACGCAUGGUCAGACGUACCUGUUCCUGGUGUUCUUGGUGAUCUACUUGGUUACCCUGUUAGGGAACCUCACCAUAGUCGGCCUGAUCCUGCUGGAUCCCCACCUUCAUAGCCCCAUGUACUUCUUCCUCAGUCAUUUGUCUUGCAUGGACGUUUGCUCCUCAUCCGUCACUGUCCCCAAAAUUUUGGCCAACCUCCUCUACAACCACCACGCCAUCUCCUACCACGCGUGCCUGGCCCAGAUGUUCUUCCUGAUGGCUUUCUCAGGUUCUGAGUGCUGGCUGUUGGCCGCCAUGGCAUACGAUCGCUAUGCCGCCAUUUGCCAGCCUUUGCAUUACUCACACCUCAUGAGUCCGUGUGUGUGUGUACAACUAGCCACCAUCGUCUGGGUCGUGGGCUUCCUGGACUCAGUGGUUCACACAGCCUUGGCCUCCAAAUUACACUUCUGUGCGGCCUUCCAGAUCCACCACAUCUUCUGCGACCUCCCACCGCUGCUGAAAAUCGCCUGCGGGGACACGCGCAUCAACGAAAUUACCGUUCACAUAGCCACCAUCUUUAUGGGCCUGGGCCCAUUCCUGGUAGUCGUCAUCUCCUACGUCUACAUCUUGGCUUCCAUCUUGCGGAUCCGCUCCAACACUGGGCGGCACAGGGCCUUCUCCACCUGCACCUCCCACAUGAUAGUGGUCGUCCUCUACUUCGGAAAUGGAUUGGUGAACUACAACCGCCCCAGCGCAGGCUACUCCUUGGAGGUUGACACCCUGAUCUCCACACUCUACUGCAUCAUCACCCCUAUGCUGAACCCUCUCAUCUAUAGCCUCCGCAACAAGGAGGUGAAAGAAGCCCUGAAGAAGGUUCUGGGGGGGACAGGAGAAGGAAUACGCUUCUACACAGAGAAAGUGAGAGGCGGACUUUGACCAGGGCAUCUCUGCUCUCCUCUGACCCUGCCAUUGCCCUUAGGGAGCUCAAGGUAAUCCUCCAAGACCACAGAGAAACCCACUUCCUGUAGACUCCAUUUCGCUCAUAUUUAUAAACACGUUUUUAUUAUUUCCAUGGAGACCCCCCCAAAGUAUGUUAUGAAAACCUAUGUUUCUGUACAAACACCACAACUAAUCAGCAAAGCAUGUUCCUAUGAAGUGAUAUGCAAUUUAGGAUAAACCUCAGGAACUGGUCUUUGGUAUUCUGGAGAAUUUGUAAAUGAAAUGAAGCUUCACCAUUCUCCUGCAAAGAUGUCUCUGUAAAUUGUUCCUCUUGCCGGUCUUAGUUUGUGAGUCAAUUGUUCCACCAGGGCCAUACGGUCUUGUACCAAUCAUUCAAGUUUGCACCUUUUAAGUCCUUCCAGAAUGUGACUAUAACCAUACCUGCAACCACAAAGAGAAAUUCAUUUCAUGGUUUAUCCAACAAGUCCUGAUUCUCAUUGAAAUACGGAUUGAGUAACACAAGUUCUGAAGACUUGCUGACAUGCUGAUGGGCAAUUUUGCUUACGUCAUUAAGCACUUGUUCCCCCAAAUAUGCCACCUUUGUGCAUGUCCACCACAGGUGCCUAUAGUUCCCAUAUUCAGAGAACUGCCGGCAACUGGUGAGACCUGUCAAAACUCAUUAUUCCAACCAGAGACUCUAAACUGUAGAUUGCUGUAUUUAUUUACAUUGAAGGCUUCUUCAUGAACGAUUGGCUCUGUAGGAGCCAAUAUAUGCUAAUCUCCUUACAGGUUCUCCUGUUUUCAUAGGGCUGUUUCUUUUCACAGCUUGGGCCACAGCAGAGGUGACAGAGAAGCAGAAACAACCUUUGGGAGACCUAAGACCAGGAGCUCAAAGGAGAAGGGCUUGUAGUGCGGCUGCCCCUGUUCUGUGGAACAGCGUUUCUGUCAAGA